GAUAUGGCGCCAUAGCGGCGGGAGCCCCAGUUCAGCCGACUUCGGCUUACAGGCGGGCUAUGGGACGCGCGCAUUCGCUCGGCAAACUCGUCAGGGUACGUGAGACCCGACGACGAGCGCCGGGUGGCGGCUGAAGGCUGGGAGGACGCGGCGUGUGGCCUCUCGCUUUGCAAAACCUGAGGCGCGGAUGCCUGGUUUGCAGGUGUGAAGCGACGAGCGGUCGGCCCUUCGGCCCCGGCCCACCGGCGGCCGCUCUGGUUUUUGGGAGCGUGAAGUGCCUCCCACGUGCAAAGUUUAGCACUCGGGGGUCCGGGGCUGAAGAGCUAUGGCCAGUAUCACCCAGUUGUUCGAUGACCUCUGCGAGGCUCUAUUACCGGCCGCCCAGGCUCACCCGGGUCAGCGCCCCGUGGACAGGAAGAGGGCAAAGCGGAGCCUGAAGAGGGUAGCCUACAAUGCUCUUUUCGCCAGUCUGUUUCAAGAGGAGACUCAUCAGCGGCCGCCUGACUCGGCGAAGCGCCCCGUGAAGAACAAGGUCCUCAUGCUGUCCUUCGAUUUGAGGGUGGGUGGCUUGGGGCCAGAGGCUGACCGUUUGGAGGAGCUUGUGGAGAAGUUGGAAGCAACCCCUGGCUGUCCUCUGGUGGAGGUGGAGUCAGUGCUGGACCUCUUGGUCCAGUUGGCGGGGAGCGGCCCCCCUCAAGUGCUGCGGAGAAAACGGGAUUUCUUCUUUAACAACAAGCACGCAGGCAGAAACGUACCCUACGGCGGCUACGAUUGCUAUGACCUGAGUGUGUUUGAAAUGGACGUCAGGUCACUUAUCUCUGGAGAGGAGUAUUUGUGUCAUAACAUGUUCCAGGAAGCCCUUCAGGUGAUGGAGGCUACCCCAGGUACUGGCCUGCCCACCGUUGGGCGCUUCUCUCUUGGUGACUCUUGUGGUGACAGGUUUGAGAGAGACACCCGGGUCUCACUCUUUGGUGCCCUCGUGCACAGCCGCACAUAUGACAUGGAUGUGAGAUUGGAUCUGCCCCCUGUGCCGGACAGCGCGGACUUUUCUGGACUGGCCAUUAAGGUCCCACAGAUGGUGGAUCAGUGGGAAGAUGAAGGGUUCCAGUCAGCUUCCAAUUUAACUCCUGACUCCCAGUCUGAACCAAGCAUGACCCCGGAUUUGGACCUGUGGGAAGCUGUGCUCACAUAUGAAGCCAGCAAGCGGAGGUGCUGGGAGCGCAUUGGAUGCCCUCCUGGUUACCGAGAGGAGCCCUACCUCACCGAGGCAGGAAGGGAUGCCUUUGACAGAUUCUGCAGGCUCUGCCAUGGGGAGCUACAGGCCCUCAGUGGGGGUCUACUACAGGCCCCCAAGCCUGUGCUGGUGGAGGAAAGCGAGCUGGUGAAAGACUCACUGAAUGUUCUGCUGGGAGUUGUUUCUGCUACAUUUUCUCUGUGUCAGCAAACUCAAGCCUUUGUAGUGGAGCUGGGUGUCCAUGUGUCAGGUGCAUCUCCUGAGAGCAUCAGAAGCAUCCUUUCAGAGGUGGCGGAGUAUGGAACCUACUACACACGCCUGAGCCAUUUCUCUCUACAACCUGUAGUAGGCUCCAUGUGCAGCAGGGGCCUUGUGUUCCAGGCCUUCACCAGCGGCAUUAGGAGGUACUUGCAGUAUUACCGGGCCUGUGUUCUCUCCACUCCGCCUACCCUGAGUCUCCUCACCAUUGGCUUUCUCUUCAAGAAACUGGGCCGGCAGCUCAGGUACUUGGCUGAGCUUUGUGGUGUUGGCACUGUAUCCCUGGUGACCAGUGGAGAGCCCAGGGCUGUGUUCCCCACCGGUGUGAAGCUCCUGUCCUACCUCUACCAGGAGGCCCUGGAUAACUGUAGUAAUGAGCACUAUCCUGUGCUGCUGUCUCUCCUGAAGACCAGCUGUGAGCCCUACACACGGUUCAUCCAUGAUUGGGUGUACAGUGGAGUCUUCAGAGAUGUUUAUAGGGAGUUCAUGAUCCAGGUUAACCAUGAAUACCUCAGCUUCAGAGAUAAGUUUUACUGGACCCAUGGCUACGUGCUCAUUUCCAAAGAGGUGGAGGACUGUGUUCCUGUGUUCCUGAAACACAUUGCCCAUGAUGUGUACGUCUGUGGGAAGACCAUCAACCUGCUGAAGCUCUGUUGUCCCCGGCACUACCUCUGUUGGUCUGAUGUCCCUGUCCCUCGCAUCUCAGUGAUUUUCUCUCUUGAGGAGUUGAAGGAGAUUGAGAAGGACUGUGCUGUCUAUGUUGGGCGAAUGGAGAGUGUUGCCCGUCACAGCUCUAUCAGCAAGGAGGAAAAGGAAUUGCGUAUGGAAAUUGCAAAACAAGAAUUGAUUGUCCAUGCCCGGGAAGCAGCUUCUAGGAUCCUAACUGAGCUGAGUGACCGACAGAUGUCAGAACAGAUGGCUGUGGACACUAGGAAGCGAGAGCAAUUUCAGCGGCUGAAGGAACAGUUUCUAAAGGAUCAGGAGCGACGCCUGGCGGCUAGAAAAGAGGAGCUAGAUGAUGAUUUCAGCUAUGCUCGUGAGCUCCGUGACCGGGAGAAGAGGCUAAAGGCCUUGGAAGAAGAGCUGGAGAGAAAGGCCAGGCAGGCGCUGGUUGACCAUUAUAGCAAGUUGUCUGCAGAGGCAGCUCGUCGGGAGCAGAAGGCUCUGUGGAGAAUCCAGAGGCAUCGGCUGGAAAGCGCACGGCUUCGUUUUCUCCUCGAAGACCAGAAGCGCAUUCAGGAGAUGCUGAGUGACAUGGAGGCUCACCAGCCCCAGAAGCCGUCGAGUGUGUUCCCAAGCACGUGCUCUCAGGUCACAUCUCCGGGUACUGAGCAUGCAGAUGAAGGCCAUAGCAGUGAUCUGGGGUCCACAGAACAGUGUAGGGAUUGUCUAAGUCUACCCGGUGCAUCAACACCAUCAGCCCACAAGUCUGCAGCAGAGGGAGCUGAUAACUCUGGGGCUGGACAGGCAGAGGGAGCAGGGCCGUUCUCUACUGGUGUCAACAUUACAGACUUUCUGCCUAUGGGCCCUGGGAUUGAACAGCCUAUGGAUAACAUUGGUACUCCCUUCUUAGAGGUGGCACUGCAGACCAUCAGCUCAGACCUACCCACUAUAACUCCAGGGCCAGCACUCACAGCAGCUGGGCCCCAGCCUGCCCAGUCAGAGUAUGAUUUCAAUACUGUCCUGAGGCCAGCUUUGGCCACCUCCUCUUUACCAGAACCCUUCCAGGAUGUCCAAAAUAGUUUGGACAAUGAAAAGCAGCAUCUACUGGGGGACAUGCCCACAAAACUUGAUUCAUGUGUCCAUGACAUGCAGGAGACUUUGCCUUGCCCACAUCCACUCAAGCAGGACACUCCUGAGGAUGGGAACUCCCAGCCUGUGGGGCAGCUCCUUGAACAUAUGUCAGGGAGUGCUGUCCCCAUAGAGAGCCUUGCUUCUGGAAUGGUUCCUUGCCAGCAACUUAGGAGCACUUCCACAUGUGUGUCAGAUGCCAGCAUCAAGCAGGGGGACUCUAUGUCAGACGUGGCUCUUCCUCGGCCACAGUGGAACAUCCAUGGACAUGUGUCGGAGGCCAGCAUCAGAGUUGGGGAGAAUGUAUCAGAGAUGGCUCCUCAUAGGCCACGGUGGAAUGUCCAUGGACAUGUAUCAGAUGCCAGCAUCAAGGUAGGGGAGAAUGUAUCAGAUGUGAUUCCUUCUCGGCCACGAUGGAACAUUCAUGGUCAUGUGUCAGAUGCCAGCAUCAGGGUUGGGGAGAAUGUAUCAAAUGUGACUCCUUCUCGGCCACGUUGGAACGUCCACGGACAUGUGUCAGAGGCAAGCAUUAAGGUUGGGGAGAAUGUAUCAGAUGUGGCUCCUUCUCGACCACGUUGGAAUGUCCAUGGUCAUGUGUCAGAGGCAAGCAUCAGGAUUGGGGAGAAUGUGUCAGAAGAGGCUCUUCAGCCACGUGACUGUACUCAGCCUCCCUUGAUUCUGGAGGAGCCCUUGCCAGAAGCUGAGCCCGACCUACUCGAGUCCCAUCAGUGCUCUCCUGCCCAUGUGUCCCAGUCAGGCCUUUGUGUGGAAGCACAGAGCCCUGUUCUGGAAUGUGGGCCACAACUACCUAAAGAAAUGAAGCCUACCACCUGUUCUAGCCCUGGCAGCACAGAAGAAGGCAGCCCAACCAAGCCCCCUGUUGUGGCUGAGGCUGGCACGCUAAAAAAUGGUAUCCCUGAGGAGACAGGUUCAGGGAGGAACAGGGAUGCUGAAGACCUCUCUCCAUGGCCUCCAAGCUCACAGGAAGACACAGCUGUCCCAAGCAGCCCAGGCCCUAGUGAGGAGUUAUCGGACACAGAGACUGAGGCCAGACGCUGGGGCAAGGAGCAAGCCUAUUUGGCAGACCUCACAAAGCUCUACCACCUGGAGCAGUACCCAGACAGCUAUGAGUCUAUGUCAGAACCUCCUGUUGCGCACCUGGUACACCACAUGCUUCCCCAGGCCUUUACUUUCCCUGUGGAUCCCCAGGUUCAGUCAGCAGUAGAUGAGAGUGCAGUGCAGCUAAGUGAGCUGCUGACCUUGCCUGUUCUUAUGAAGCGCUCCCUUACCGCACCUCUGGCUGCCCAUGUCACCUUGGUGAACAAAGCUGCAGUUGACUAUUUCUUUGUGGAAUUGCACCUGGAGACACAUUUUGAAGCGCUGCGGCAUUUCCUGCUGAUGGAAGAUGGAGAGUUUGCCCAGUCUCUUAGUGACCUGCUCUUUGAGAAGUUAGGGGCUGGACAGACACCUGGGGAGCUGCUCAACCCAUUGGUCCUUAACAGCAUCCUGAGCAAGGCACUGCAGUAUAGCCUCCAUGGGGACACCCCACAUGCUACCAACCUGUCUCUUGCCCUCAAGUACCUGCCUGAGGUGUUUGCCCCUAAUGCCCCUGAUGUGCUGAGCUGCCUGGAGCUCAGGUACAAGGUUGACUGGCCCCUCAACAUCGUUAUCACCGAGAGCUGCCUGAACAAGUACAGUGGUAUCUUCUCCUUCCUGUUGCAGUUGAAGCUCAUGAUGUGGACACUCAAAGACAUCUGCUUCCACCUCAAGCGCACAGCCCUAGUGAGCCACACAGCUGGCUCAGUGCAGUUCCGCCAGCUGCAGCUGUUUAAGCAUGAGAUGCAGCAUUUCGUGAAGGUCAUCCAGGGCUAUAUUGCAAACCAGAUCUUGCAUGUCAGCUGGUGUGAGUUCAGAGCCCGGCUAGCCGUAGUGGCCGACUUGGAGGAGAUCCAGCGUGCCCAAGCCGAGUACCUGCACAGGGCUGUUUUCAGGGGCCUACUGACAGAGAAGGCAGCACCAGUCAUGAACAUCAUCCAUAGCAUCUUCAGCCUGGUGCUCAAGUUCCGAAGCCAGCUCAUCUCUCAGACCUGGGGCCCGGCUACUGGCCCCCGUGGAGCUGAGCACCCCAACUUCCCACUCAUGCAGCAGUCCUACAGCACCUUCAAGUACUACUCCCACUUCCUCUUCAAAGUGGUGACCAACCUUGUGAACCGUGGGUACCAGCCUCACCUUGAGGACUUCCUGCUUCGCAUCAACUUCAACAACUACUACCAGGACUCCUGAGGACAGACAAGAUCAUGGUGCUGAAUCUCCAUUGAACCUGUCUGGGGCUAGGGUAGC